GGGAAGUGUCCAAGAAAACCAAGCAGGAGGAGGGUCCCUGAAGGUAACAUUGCUGCUUCAAUGAAAUGGUUCAUACGGAUAAACAAACCCCCUCGCAUGGCUCCAAGGAACUAACGUAACUGACAUUACCAGUGACUAUAGAUAUAACUUGGAGUUGUGUCCCAACAUAUCAAAUUAAAGGAUAAUAAGCGAAUCCCGUCGCAAUGAGUCCGCUAUGAGUGGUCCAACCUUGUGUGACAACUGCAUGCUUUAUGUCUGACACAAACCGCAGCCCCCCACUAUUGUCAUCCAAGAAACAAUGGCAGGGCCAGAUGAUCUAUCAACGAAAUUUAGGAGCACUGCAUGCCGUUUUGGAAGCAAAGAAGAAUCGACCUGAGCAGGAAGCACAGCAAAAGCAAGCCAAAAAGGAGCAGAGUUCCAGACAUUAAUGCAAAAAGCAUAGACACUUAAGCAGACCAUACUGCCCCUUUAAAGACAAUGGGCGUUACAGUAAUAUUAAAGCAAGCAGUUGCAUUCGGAGAAAACAAACAAAUCUGGAACGCCUGCUGCUGACACUGUCUGGGAAGACAAAUAGUGAGCAGAGAGUCAAUCAAUUGCAUCAAAAAAAGGAAUUGGAGCUACAAAAUGCCACCUACCUCUUCCACCUGCUAGAGACCCACCAGGAAUUUUUGCACAAAAGACAGAGUGCAACCCAGGAUGGCAGCUGUUUCAGUCAGAUUGUGCCUCAUCUAACAUAGUCUACGACUAGACUGCAAAGAUACAAGAGUGCCUUAUGCUCAUACAAGAAGAAAAUCGAACAAGACCAGAAAACACAAACGCCGGCAUUCAGUGACUUGGCUGUCGUUGAAACCUGCACUGCUGCUGCAAAAGUGGACACCUGUUGGAGCAACUGAAAUUCGUCACCCUCACACUCCCCAUGAAUUGUGGGACAGCCAGCCCUCUUGCCUUGAAAAUUCUCUUCCUUCCAAAAGCGUGGAGAAAAACAUGGCGAAUGGCACAGACCACCGGUUUCUUGUACAGCAGAACUUUGAACUUUUGCGAGCUCUGGGGGAGCUUGAGAAGACUUGCAGCAUACUGAGGGAGGAAAAUAGUCUGCUGCGGAAGAGCGGUGCUCCAGAGACUGAAGAGAAGGUCAAGCGACUAAGGAAGAAGAACACAGAGCUGGCAGUUCUUGCCAAGAGGCUGGAGGAAAGAGCCAGAAAUCUGCAGGAAGCCAACCUCAAAAUGGGUUCCCCAGUCCCUUUGAACGGACGAGAAUUGGAAAAGCUUCUCAGGCAGUCUCAGAUGGAGGUGCUUCGCCUCCAAAGGCAACUGUCUAUCACGUCAUCUACUCGGCGUACAAUCCAUAAUCCUGAUCCUGGUGGAGCAGAGAACUGUGAGAUACCUACUGAGGAAGAGUGUGCGGAAAAAAAGGACAGUGAGUUGACCAAGAAAAGAAAAGAAUGUGAAAGUCUUGAGCAUGAAGUAAAGAAGCGGCAGAGGAAAUGUCUGGAUUUGGAGAGCCGGCUUGAGGAUGAGCAGGCCAAAAAUGCGCAACUAAAGGAGGAGGCAGAUCUCCUCAGGAGGAAGACACAGCUGCUCAAACAGAAUCGAGUUGAGAAUGAUGAGCUGAGGGAAGAACUCUCUAAAGUGACCGCUCAACACAAUUACGUUCUCGAGGAGAACCAGCGACUCUGUGCCAAACUGGAGAACCUAGAGCAGGUCCUAAAGCGUAUGCGAGACGUCGCUGAGCGAAGGCAGCAGUUGGAACUGGAACAUGAGCAGGCUCUGGCUAUCCUUAAGUUCAAGCAGGAUGAAAUCAAGCGCUUACAACGAGCUCAGUUAUUUGCCAGGAGGGAACAUGAAGGGGUGGUUCAGGUGCUGGAGAGUACACUGGACUGCAUGCAGUCAAAGGUACGAGAUCUGGAGGAGAAAUGUCGCAGCCAGAGUGAACAGUUUGGCUUGUUGUCCCAAGAGUUGGAGAACUUUCGACUUCAAGCCUCAAAGGCCGACUUUGCUGGGUCAGGCCUUCUUAGCAAUUCCAGUUUUUCUGUUCUGACCAAUGGAGUGGGCCUGUCCUGCGAGCAAGAUGUUGCAGCUGCACUACAGAUGGGGACUACCCCACACACUGGGGGUCUGCCCAGGGUGGAGCGCUCCCCUGUCACCAAACACAGAGAGCUUCCCACCAUCAGUGUCAGCAAGUCAGCCUCAUCCUCAAGCAAGUCGGAGACUACAAACGUCACCUCCAAGUCUAACACCAAUCUUACUCCACAUAAGUCAAGCCCAGCACAUGAGGUUGACACCGCUAGUGAAGUGGAGGAACUGGACAUUGACAUGGCCCUCGCACCUUACACAGCCAGCAGAGGAACAGCCAAGCUCCAGGUUUUUAUUGCACGAUACAGCUAUAAUCCUUAUGAUGGCCCUAAUAAUAACCCUGAAAUGGAACUACCACUCACUGCUGGAGAAUACAUCUAUGUGUAUGGAGGCAUGGAUGAUGACGGCUUCUAUGAAGGUGAGUUAAUGGAUGGAAGAAGAGGGUUGGUCCCCUCUAAUUUUGUGGAACGCCUUUCGGAUGACGAUGUAAUGGGCUCUCACCCUGAGGAGACGAGUGACAUGUCCCACAACACCUUGCUAAACAGCAGUUUGCACAGUGCCAGCAACCAGCAUCACCUCCACACAGGUGUACAUGCCUCAGAGAGGACGGAGGCCUCUUCUGCCUCUGGCCCCGCCUCAGCCUCUUCCAAUUCGGCCUUGGCUGUCUCAGCCCCCCUCACCAAUGGCCUGGACUUGGAUUUGGAGGAGAUGGAAGUGGACACUGUGCCUUACCCUCGUAAGCUCAAACUCAUCAAGCAGCUUGCCAAGAGCAUCAUCAUCAGCUGGGACCCUCCACUGGUGCCGGCUGGGUGGGGCAACGUGUGGAGCUAUAAUGUGUAUGUGGACCAGGAGCUACGGCUUAAUGUGCCCUUCGGUGCCCAAACCAAAGCUGUGCUAGAGAGGCUUGACAUCAACCUCAAGGCCUACCGUGUAUCUGUGCAAAGUCUGACAGAGAAGGGCCUCUCAGACCAGCUGCGCUGCAGCAUGCUGAUUGGCCGUGACAUAUGUGUGGCACCUACACAGCUGCGUGUGGACAGCAUCACUGCCACCUCUGCCAGCCUGUCCUGGCUGCCCUGCAACAGUAACUAUGUGCACAUUGUGUCCUUGAAUGAGCAAAAGUGUGAGCUGGUGAAGGCUGGAUGCUAUUCGCUGUGCCUCAACAACCUCUUACCCAGCCUGCAGUACACAGUCAAAGUGGAGGCACGGCCACAUCGCACAGCAUGGGAGUUACCUGUGGAGCGACGUGAACACAGAAGUGCUACCAUCAAUUUCAGCACGUUAACGGCAGGUCCUCCUGAUGCUCCACUGGAUGUACAGUUGGAGCACGGUCCUUCCCCAGGGAUUGCCCUUAUCAGUUGGCUGCCAGUCACUAUUGAUAAUGCUGGAACCUCCAAUGGAGUCCAUGUCACUGGGUACACCAUAUAUGCAGAUAAGAAAAAGGUGCUAGAGGUGUCCUCCCCAACAGCCGGCAGUGCUCUGCUGGGACCCUCCCAAAUCCAAUCCCUGCAGACAGCUCAGGAACUUAUUGUCAGGACAAUGUCUGCCCACGGGGAGUCCUGUGACUCUUUUCCAGUUAAUGUGCCCUCCAAGCUUGCCGCUAUCAUGGCUGGCCCCGCUGCCGCCACCCUGGUAGUACCAACCCUUGCCUGCACCCCUGUUAGACCCACAAAUCUAUCCAGGCAGCUUACUUUUGAGAACUCUUCUGCCAAAGUCUCCAUGUUGCCCGACACAAUACCACCAGAAAGACCCAUUACUGGCCUCACAGUGGAUGAUGUUGCCAACUGUCUUCAUAUGCCACCCUCAGAGGCCUUUGUGUCAUCAGCCUCAUUUGCGAAGGCAUGGACCAGCCCUCUUAGUGCUGCUUCCAUGGCUGCAUGUGAAGCCACAUUACCCGUUACCUCCACAGUCACACCAGUGAUGAAUCUGACACCCCCCACCUCCUCAGCUCUCCAACCAUCUCCUGUAAUAAAACCUGUGCCUGCAGCAACAACGGUGACACAAGUGGUCGCGUUAGAGCAGCGCACCGACAGCCCUGGAACAAUGCGUCCUUUCCCGUCCAUUACAGAAUUCAUUGAGGAGCCCUGUGCCAUACAUGGAACCCCAGAGCGCAUUCCCACACCGCCUAAAACCCAGAUUACAGACCUACUGAACCCACAAGACACUCUAAUCCUUCGACCUCCCAGUACUUCAUCACUGGACUCUGAGGUUGACGAGGAACUCGAGAACAAACGCUUGGUUUCCAUUGAGGAGUUCUUGAGGCAGGACCAUGACCCACUGUACAACAAGAUGCAGGAGGUUUGUAGCAGAGGGCUAGUGGAGCAUCUCACUGACAACAUUCGAUCAGAUCUGUUUGACAUCCUCGAAGAGGAAGAAGAGGACCUAAAUUCUGAUCACUUUAGGGAAGCAUCAACCAGGGAAUACACAAUCAUAGCUAACAGGUUACGCAAAUCCGAGCCUUCAGAUAGUGAUGAAGAUAUUCUUGAAAGAAUUCUCAAGUUGCCCCCUCAGGUCUACCACAACAAACAGCUGUUCAGCAUUCCUGAGGUAACAGAGGAUGAAGACGGUUUUCGGGAAGAACCUUUACCUCAUCGCAUACAGGUUCAGUUGAGGCCCAGCCACCUUCACCCCAGAGACACAGAACAACUCCAUCAUGUUUCGCAACGUCACCCUCCAUACUCCAACCCUAACUUUCCCCCUCAGCACCACCACUUUAACAGUGAUCCCAGAUCCCUAACCAAAGAGCCUUUAUUGAGGCGAGGACCCUUACAAGUGAAGCCCAAGUUGCAGUACAGAGUCCACUAUUCAGAUGGAGAAAACACUGUAAAUUAUCCUAGUGAAAAAUUAGUGUGUUUAUGUGAAGGUCCGACCAACAGGCGUGUGUCUGUUCACUGUCCUCCCCAGUCCACUCCCAACAAACACAGGAUACCACUUAGAGGUUUAGAGGACCGCCUUAGGAGGGAGGCCAUGCUUAGGAGUCAGAUGGUAGCAGGUUAUGAGCCUACUACACCAAGACCUUACCCAAUCAGCAAAUUAGUACGUCCUGUAAGGUCACCCAUUAGUGGAGGGAUGGCGAUUGAUGUGGAGUACGGUACAGAUGACGUCAAUAAACCAGGAGCGUGCACUUCAGGAGAGGUGGUGAUGGAACAGCUGAGCUCAGAGUGGUGGAUCGAGGGGUCUGAAAUGGAGCAUAUUGGACCCUCCUACCACCAGGGGAAAAAGGCAGAUUCCUUGGAGCCCCAUCAGCUAUCAAGAUGUGAGGCAGUUCCAUUGUGGGUGCAUGAUUCCGAGCAAACAUCUAAACCAGUUGUUUUGGAAAGCAAGCGGCUCAAAGGUUGUUUCGAAUCACCAAAGACAAAAGGAGACACACGCAUCUUUGUAGCCCUCUUCCCCUAUGAUCCUGCCACCAUGUCACCUAACCCGGAUGCUUCCGAGGAGGAGUUGCUGUUUAGAGAGGGACAGAUCAUCACAGUUUAUGGCGAUAAAGACUCAGACGGGUUCUACCAAGGGGAGUCUGGUGGUCGUUUGGGAUAUGUUCCUUGCAACAUGGUGUCUGAGAUACAGGUAGAGGAUGAGGAAACACGGCAGCAAAUAUUGCAGCAGGGGUUCUUAUCUACAGAGGCCUCCAUGGAGAAGAUAGAUCCAAGCCAGGUAGCUGCUACAUGUGCAAAGGGAAAGCCAGUCCCAGGAUCUCGCAAGAUGGUGGCAAUUUUUGAUUACGAUCCACGAGAAAGCUCCCCCAACACUGAUAUAGAGGUUGAGUUGACCUUCAGUGCCGGAGACGUCAUCAAUGUGAUUGGCGACAUGGAUGAAGAUGGCUUCUUCUAUGGUGACUUGCAUGGACAACGAGGGUUGGUGCCCUCCAAUUUCCUGCAGGCUUUUCCAGAGAAUGCCCCAGCCGAAGAUUUUUCAGCUCAGCCUGCACAAGAACACAAGAAAGACUCACAGAGAACUUCAUCCACAGAACCGCAGGAACCGGAUCUCUAUUCAAUCCAAGACACUUUUAAUCUACAACCAGAACCUGCCCUACCGAAUCGACUAGCGCACGUAGACCCACUUCCCCAUCUUCAACUUCCUGGCAGAACCACAUCAGACCUGGUUCCAGUGCAGGCCUCUCCUCCAACCCCCCAGCUGCAGACUGACUCCGCUACACAGGGCAAGAAGAAGAAAAGAGGAAUUUUCUCCAAAGGCAAGAAACUGUUCAAAAGAUUUGGAUUCAGCAAGAAAGAAUGAAAGGCAUGAUGUCUAAUUUGAGUCUUGAUUGCAUUUUAAGCACUUUCGUCAUCUUCACUGUUAAUCUCAGUCUGUGCAAUUAGUGGCUAUCAGAUUUAAGAAGUACAAUAUAUAUUAAAACUUAUACUUUAACUGGAAAUGGUAGAUUAACUGUAGAAUUGUGCAAGCCCAUAUUAAUGACUCAAUCAGGCAUUAAUAAUCUGUAGUUAUCUUUCUGGUUCUCUCAUUUUUGGAGAAAUCCACAGGCCAGGACUGGACCCGCAGCAACUGCAUGGAACACCGCACUUAUGGCUACACUUACAGUAAAGUGCAGAACCUAGACUUUAAUAUUCAUUAUAAUAGAAUGGCCUGCCUUGUAGUCUCUUCAAUACAAAGCAGUACUCCAGCAAAUACUCUUGGAACUUGAAUACCUCUACAGUACAGUAUAGUCAAGAUUCCAGGAUUCAAGUUGGAGAAGUCUGAUCUGAUUAUCAUCCUGGCUGUCAAUUCAUUUGACAUUAAACCAUCGGAUAUUAAGAGAGACAGAGUUAAGUACGUGCUGAGGCACCCGUGUGAGUAUGUUUAGAGGAUAAUUUAAUGCGUUCAUUUUUAAAGACAAAUUGUUUUAUAGAGUAAGUGAAGUGAAUUAUAUUUAUAUAGCGCUUUUCUCAAGUGACUCAAAGGGCUUUACAUUGUGAAACCCAAUAUCUAAGUUACAUUUUUAAACCAGCGUGGGUGGCACUGGGAGCAGGUGGGUAAAGUGUCUUGCCCAAGGACACAACGUCAGUGACUUGGAUGGCGGAAGCGGGAUCUAACCUGCAACCCUGAAGUUGCUGGCACAGCCGCUUUACCAAUCAAGCUAUACCGCCCCAAGUAAGGGAUCAUUCUUAUCUGCUUACAAUUUUGGCUAUCACUAGAAAGCGACCGCUGCUUGCUGGUGUGAUCUCAUAGCUGGCCAUAUUUUGACCUCCCACAUCUCUUAUUAUAUAUUUUUUUUCUGCACACAAGAAUAUUUUCCUCAUAGUGUUGGGAAGAUGUUUCUACAUGGCAGAACGGGGUUGUCAGGACGCGCCACUGUCAGACAAGAAGCUUUACAUGCUAUCGCGCGCCUCAUGCCAGUGGUAUCUUGCAGUCGACCGGGUGGAACUUGGACACACGCACAGUCUCGCCCUAGAGGUGUAGCACUUUUUUUUCCCAAAAGUUAUGAUCUUUCCACAGGUUCAUAUAAGAAACUUUAAGACUUUCACGUCCUUUAUUUAGUCAGGUUUGAUGUUUUUCACAGCACAGAACUGAGGGCCUCACCAAACAAUUAAAUCUCUACCGCAUUUAUUUGUUUAUCAGAGUGGUUUAGUUUCUUUUUGAGGUGGUAAAAGUUGUAAAUGAGAUUUCUGUUUUGUUCACUUUAAGGAAAGACGGUAAUGUAUUUAUUUUCCUGUUUUGUUCACUUUAAGGAAAGACGGUAAUGUAUUUAUUUUCUAAGUAUCUGAAAGUAUCUCCUUAUAACAGCUAAAUUAAAAUCAUAUGACGUUAUAUACCAGUGACCAGUGUUGGUAAGAACGGUGUUACAAUGUAACGUUGUUACUAACGGUGGUAUUUUUUCAUUACUGAGAAUGUGAAGUGGCAAGUUACUACAGUUUGAUUGAAUGACGCACAAAGUGUUAGUUUUUAGUUACACAUCCUCUGCAUGCAGAGCGCAAGGGUAGGGAUGACAAAAUUAUCGGCAGUUGCAGAGAAUUCAGCUGAAAAAGGGACACAAUACACAAGUAUCAUCUUCCCUCAUCGCUGUUCCUCGGCUGUCAGUUUCAGGGUCCGUGAGUCCGCGCCCACACCGACACACACAGCCCUAAGUAGUCGACAAAAAUGUUGACAUAAACGAAAUCCAAUAAUAUUAGGUACAAAAAAAUGUGUAUUUCUCUCUGUAAUUUAGUUGAGAAUACAAAAACUUUGAGGCAUGAUGCAGCUGACAAAAUGAAAACUAAUUUGAGAAUAAUGUUUUUGUUUUAUUCAUAAGACUAUUGUACUUUUCAGUUUUGUAAAUGUUGACUAUUGUGUGUGAAGUCCUUUCCAAGGUUCAAUUAAAUUUAAAAAUUAGGCCAUCUAGUUAAGAUAAACGUUGUGAUGGUUGAGAAAAUGGGGAUGAUGGAAAAAUGGGGAUGAUGGAUACUUUAUUUUAUUUAUUUUACUUUUAUUAUUUAGUUUUCCCCCCGAUGGAUACCUAGCUCAAUAUGGUCAAGGGGUUGCGUACCUCAGUGACCUUAAGAGCAGGUCUGAGGGCCGAGGCCGAAGUGCAAUCCACUUCUCUAGGUUGGAGUUGAACACAUACUGUAGCAAACAACCAAAUUCAAUAAAGAAGGAAACAAUGUUUCUUAGAGCUGUGAAGCUUUGGACACAAUUCGAUUCAAUUCUUAGGAGGAACAAUUUGAUUCAGAAUCGAUUCUCGAUUCACAACAAUUUAUUUAUUUAUUUUUUAUCAUAUCUACAAAAUAUAAAUUAUUUAAAUGGUUCCUGCAUCCUUUGAUUUUUAAGUACGUGGCUCUUUGUGGAGUGACUUUGGAUGGCUUUGCAUUAAGUUAUAUUAGUCACACUGAGUGCAGUCAUCAUAAGCUGCCAGAGACAGUGAUGGUAUGCAAUACAAGAUUGUGUGUGUGUGUGCGUGUGGCGCGCGUGUGUGUGCCCAAAGCAAAUGCUUUCCUAAAAUAUUAACACAGGAACUGUUGAUGUUUUAAGAUUUACCCAUGACCUAAUUGAUGCAUACGAAUUAUUUUGAAUGCAGUAUGCGAUAGGAUGCAUGGUGCUGUUCUCAUGAGCAUUUUGCAAAAAGUAACAUUAGAUAGGAAAAAUCAUGUAUUUCGUUUAUUUAGGAGCAUUCUUCAUUUCAAUAGUAACAGUGUUUUUAGCCCAAGAUGUCAAACCUAUUUUGUUUCUAAAAAGAGUGCAGCAUGUGGGGAUUUCCACCAACACAAAGUGCUUGCAAACUGAAACUGAUGCAUUCAUUCUGACUCCCAUUCUUAAAUUAACGCAACACACGUUAGUGGAAACUUCCAACAUACCUCAAACUUUCCUUGCUAUAAUGCAGCACAGCUAACUCGUGUAUAUUUCAGUUCAAAUGAAAAAUAAGACAAAUAAGACCAUACUGAUUUCUUGUGAGAACUUGUUUUCUUGAAUGCUUUAGCAUUUCGGAAGGUCACUUGCUAGAAAAAAAAAAUGGAGUGUACUUUUGUUUUGUUUUGCAGCUGUACGGUUAACAAUUUUGAAAACAGCUGCUGUUGUAUCUGCUGUUUCUUUUGGCUUCGCUAUUUAAACAUUUAGUUGUCCCCUGCGUUAUAUGUUGUCAUACAUAUUUGAAGCUAUACCAUAGCAACGCAAUACAAUCCAAUUGUAUCUUUUAUGGAUGUUGUGUGUAGCAUCCAGCAGUGCAAUUGAAUUGCAUGUGCAAAUUUAUCACUAUUACUGUUGUAACUACUCAGGUUUUUACUUGUAGCAUAGCAUCCUGUAGAGCAGGGGUCACUAACCUUUUUGAAACCAAGAGCUACUUCUUGGGUACUGAUUAAUGCGAAGGGCUACCAGUUUGAUACACACUUAAAUAAAUUGCCAGAAUUAGCCAAUUUGCUCAAUUUACCUUUAACUCUGUGUUAUUAUUAAUAAUUAAUGAUAUUUAUCUUUGUGGAAACACUGAUCAUCUUAAUGAUUUCUCACAAUAAAUAUAUAUAGAAACAGAUAAAUAUCAAAAUGCAACACUUUAUUUUUAUACUUUCUUUAAGUGCACAUUUUUCAAAUUGAACAUUUUCAAAUGAUCACUUCUAAGACAGUCUUGUGAAAUUAUAAAAGAGGAGAAAACACGAAAAAAAUGAAAAUUAAAUUUUGAAACAUAGUUUAUCUUCAAUUUCGACUCUUUAAAAUUCAACCGAAAAAAAGAAGAGAAAAAAUAGCUAAUUCGAAUCUUUUUGAAAAAAAUAAAAAAAGAAUUUAUGCAACAUCAUUAGUCAUUUUUCCUGAUAAAGAUUAAUUUUUGAAUUUUGAUGACAUGUUUUAAAUAGGUUAAAAUCCAAUCUGCACUUUGUUAGAAUAUAUAACAAAUUGGACCAAGCUAUAUUUCUAACAAAGACAAAUAAUUAUUUUUCUAGAUUUUCCAGAACAAAAGACUUUGAAAUAAGAUUUAAAUUUGAUUCUACAGAUUUUCUAGAUUUGCCAGAAUAAUUUUUUUUAAUUUUGAUCAUAAUAAGUUUGAAGAAAUAUUUCACAAAUAUUCUUCGUUGAAAAAACAGAAGCUAAAAUGAAGAAUUAAAUCAAAAUUAAUUUAUUAUUCUUUACAAUAAAAUGAAAAAAAUACUUGAACAUUGAUUUAAAUUGUCAGGAAAGAAGAGGAAGGAAUUUAAAAGGUAAAAAGGUAUAUGUGUUUAAAAAUCCUAAAAUCAUUUUUAAGGUUGUAUUUUUUUUUUUUCUCUAAAAUUGUUUUUCUGAAAGUUUUAAGAAGCAAAGUAAAAAAAUAAAUGAAUUUAUUUAAACAAGUGAAGACCAAGUCUUUAAAAUAUUUUCUUGGAUUUUCAAAUUCUAUUUGAAUUUUGUCUCUCUUAGAAUUAAAAAUGUCGAGCAAAACGAGACCAGCUUGCUAGUAAAUAAAUACAAUUUAAAAAAUAGAGGCAGCUCACUGGUAAGUGCUGCUAUUUGAGCUAUUUUUAGAACAGGCCAGCGGGCGACUCAUCUGGUCCUUACGGGCUACCUGGCGCCCGCGGGCACCGCAUUGGUGACCCCUGCUGUAGAGCCUUGCUUUAAAAGGUGAUCAAAUGUACAAAAUGCCAAACUCCAUUGGUACUUUUACUGUGAAGGAGAGCUGCAAGGCAGAGGAAUCUAGUCUGCCUCGCUUUUAGCUUGUCAUUGCUCAUUAGUGUUGCUCAAAGGAACAUGACAAUGCCAAGAUUAAAAAGGGAGUUGCAAGUGUGGACACUUUAGUUGUACAGUAUUGUACAGGCUGACGCUGAAAUUAGCUAUUUAUGUUUUAUUUUUUUACGAAAAAUAUUUUUCCUGUUAUGGAAUUUACAGCCUUGAAUUCACAACUCUUCUCUAUUCUCUACCUGCUGUUUAGUUAGUAUUGCUAUGCAUAGCAUUCAUAUACAGAUCAAGUAGUAUUUAGCCUUACAGUACAAUAAGACGUAUAGUCUUCUUAUGUUGUUUACAGGAUGUUUAUUGAUUGCAUGAAUACCAAUGGUAUACCCGUCUUUGGCCUUAUUUAUUACAUAUUUAUAUUUUUAUUGGGUCUACAAUGUCAAUUGUAGGUUGUUGUGAUGCAAUGGAGAGGAAGUAAAGUAGGAGUUAUUGUAUAUACUGAAUGGAUAUAUUACACUCAUUCUCUCCCUGCAUUAAUUUUUUUAAAUCUUUUCAUAUGAUUAAAAAAAAAAAGAGUAUAUGUAAUGUAUUUGUCCAUGCAUUGUUGAUGGGGGGGAACCUGACGGUGUCCUGUGAUGGUUGCUGUUUACUUCAAAUAAAGUAUGUCUAUUUUCACAUAAAAUAAAAGCCCACCAAAUGUGUUAAAAACUGAUG